AUGCCGAAUGUGCCACCACUUUUACGAAAUAUCAGCGGCUUCUUUGAGAAACCGCCAGAUCUGAUGAAUGACUGGGAAAUCGGAGGAACGCAAAAUAAAUGGGUUUGCCCCUCGGAUAGACAUCUUCAGCUUCGAGCACAACUCAAAUCGGGAUGGUCGGUGAGAACGGCAGCUGCUCGAAGUCCAACAAAUGCCGCAAAAGUUCAACCAUCAGCAAUCAGCGAUGCUGAACAAGAGCAAAUUCGAAAGGUGCUUGAACGAGUUGAAGAGAGCCGCCAACGCGAACAGCAGAGGAUCGGGAAAAUGGUUGACCGAUUGGAUAAAAUGCGCAAACGAGCCACGGGUAAUGGAGUGACACAUUGCUUGCUUUGUCACACUGAAUUCGGUCUACUUGCCAGCAAAAGCUAUGCAGCUAUGUGCACUGAUUGUAGAAAGUACGUUUGCCAAAGGAAUUGCGGUGUCGAGACGGUCGAGCCAAAGACGGGCGAGCUGAUCUUUUUAUGCAAAAUUUGUGCGGAAUCGAGAGAGGUGCUAUGGAAGAAGAGCGGCGCCUGGUUCUACAAGGAAAUGCCCGAGUAUGUGAAACCGGAAAUUGCGGCAAGCCAACCCGGUCCCUCGUCCCCUCCUGGAGCUUGGGGUGGUCCAUCAUCAUCAAGGAAUGGUUCUGUUCGUCGUCUAUUGCCAACUCCUCCUUCAACAACUCCUGACAGGUGUGAUGAUUGGUCAGCUCUCGCUUCUCCCUCUUCCGAACGCCGCAGCUCUAGACAACUGCCGACGACUCCUGAUGAGUUGAGAAACACAGCCACUCCAAGACCGAGAAUUCAACCAUCAUGGGUGAAAGAGAAAGUGAUGACAUCGAUGUCGGUUGAAGAAGAUGAUCACAGUUCGAGUGAAAGCGAGUUCGUUGCCUCAGGAGUUGUGCGGAGAAAAAAGGAUCCACCAACGAAACAGAUCACACAAGCACGAAGGGAAGCAAAUCUAGAGCGUUUUGCUCAAAUCACCAGCAAUAAUCUAAGCGAAAGCGAAGAGUCCUCAUCCCCAGCCUCUUCAAGAAGCGGAUCUCCGCGACGAUCGUUGGCUACUCCUUCGUCAUUUGAUUCGGCUCAUGUUGGCGGCCCAAAUCCAAUUCCUCGCCAUCCCUCACAAACUCCCACUCAUUCAAGCACUCCCGCUAACGCUGGUGGAAUCCCGCACGAGGCGAAGAGUGGAAAUGAGGAUGCUCGCUCGAUAGAUAGUGGAGUGGUGCAAUCCGAUCAUUCAAAUCCAGUGGCUGCGAUGACAUUGUCCGUUUCAUCACUAGCUCCAUUAGCAGCCUCGACACAAGAUGCACAAUCAAGAAAACUUCAAAGCCGACAAGGUUCUUGCGACUCGAGACGUGUCUCUAAUGAAAGUACUCCAAGAAGAGAUAGUGCAGAUCGGGAAAACAGUGGUAGUCGAAAUAGUAUUGGUCGUGAAUCGACCAGAGUGACCACUUCGGUUUCGGGUUCAUCUUUGGUUACACCUCCUCCCUUGGCAAUGAAUCAACGCCGAGAGUCACCGCUAGACAUUCGCAAGUUGAGCAUCAGUUCGGGCAGCACGAAAAGAGCAGGCACGUCCACUGACAGCAUGAACAUCAUUGAGGCGAUUCGAUUCACCAAUAACGCGAGAGCCGACUCACCGGGCGCCGCCUUUAUGAGUUCACCAGACGAUGACUCGAAGCAACACGGAGCAAGGCGGAAUGCAUUGGCAAGAGGGAGUAAAGCAAGGCCACCACCGACGAGGGCUCUCUCGGAUAGAGAUCCCACUCGACAAUUGAGUCAGGAUGAUGAAGGGGGAAACCCAGCACCAGCCUCCCUUGUGCAAGCGUCCGUUCGUCGAUCGGCUUCAGGACUUGAGCCGUCUUUGGUCGCCUCACCAGUGGCUACACGAGCUGCCACUCCACUCAGCGACGAGAUCGCGUCAACUUCCACUACUCGUCCUCCACUAGAGCCUGGUGCGCCAAACAAACGAAAGCCUUCCGUGUUUGCAUGUGUUUUCUCGCCUUUCCAAAGUGACAAACGUACUCUUGGGUCGAUCCAGUUCAAUAUCACUUAUAAACAGGAACAAAAGCAAAUCGUUGUACAUCUAAUUCGAGCAAAGAACCUUCGUGCCAUGGAUAAGAACGGUUUUUCUGAUCCAUAUGUGAAAUUGCAUUUGAUUCCUGGAAACGCAAAAGCCACCAAGUUAACCUCAAAAACUAUUGAGAAGACUUUGAAUCCCGAGUGGAACGAAGAGCUCACCUAUCAUGGGAUCACCGAAGAGGAUCGACAAAGGAAAACACUACGCGUUACGGUGCUUGAUCGCGACAGGAUUGGCUCAGAUUUCUUGGGAGAGACGAGAGUUGCCUUAAAAAAGCUGCCUUCGAACGAAAUUAAGAAGUUUAAUCUCUACCUUGAACACGCUAUUCCGAUACAACAAGACAAAAAGGAGGGAGUCACUGAGGAAAGAGGAAAAGUCCUCGUUGGAGUCCAAUACAACAUCCAACAAGGAUCCCUCUUUGUCUUCAUGAAACGCGGCUCGGAGCUUGUCGGAAUGGACAAAAGUGGAUUCUCAGAUCCUUAUUGUAAAGUAUCAUUGACACCAAUCACUUCAAAAGCGCAUCGUCAGAAAACAGCGAUCAAGAAGAGAACGCUGAACCCGGAAUGGGAUGAGACACUGCCAUUCAUCGUUCCUUUUAAAGAUCUUCCGAAGAAAACUCUUCAAAUUGCUGUUUAUGAUCAUGACGUUGGUAGUCGAGAUGAUUAUAUUGGUGGUAUUGUCCUUUCAACGUCAGCGAAAGGCGAAAGGGGCAAGCAGUGGAUUCAAGUAAUCGAAAAUCCGGGCCAAACAUUUGAGUACUGGCAUCGACUCGAGUUGGACAGU